AUGGUCGGAGCUCGAGAGGGAGAAACCUCUGGUCGCUUCCCGGCACCGGCAAUGUCGCCGUUGCAGGGAUUAACCUCCACGGCCGCUCCCUUCAGGACUAUGACGGUCGGGAGGAAUGAGAUGGCGAGCUUGGCGGAAGCUCUAGUUGCGGCGACAGCGGCCUGUCCACCGUCGAAGAAGAAAACGACGCGGAGGGACUCGCCAGGAAAGGAGAAUAGAGAGAAGAAGGAGAUCAGUGUCGGUGAGCUGUUACUCGCGUCGCUGGGAAAGGAGUCGCCGGAGAAGGAUGUGCUGACGAGUGAGACGAAGAGGGAGGUCGGCGGCGGCGACAUUCUUCGCCCAAACCCUAACUCCACCUCAAUUCGCACAGCACAGCUGUGUCGAGCCUAG